CGUUUCUUUGCCGCUGACGAUGUUUGGUGUAAAUGGAUAGCAGCGGUGUUAUUUUCAAAUGUAGAAUGAAAGGAAUGUAAUCGAAAAUAAAAUGUCAGCACGGGUCCAGGAAUAUUAUUUCUUUAGUGCAUAUAUUGCUCUCUCUUACGGAAGUCCCAGAAGGCAUGAAUGGGCAGAGCGUGCUUCAAGAAAGCGAAGACGAAAGUCGUCUGCGACUGGAUAACCUUCCAUCUGAUGUGUUGUACAUAUUGUUUCAGUAUUGUGACAGAGCAACAUUAGGCCGAUUAAGUCAGUGCUGUAAACGAUUCAAUGACAUUGUUACUGGUAUAUGGGAAACAUUAAGUAGGAAGUUAAUCGCAACCAAUCAACUAAAUGAUGAAAUAUGUAAAAGAUCAUUUCGCACUUUACGUGAGUGGGAGAAAUGCCAGAUUUCCAAAAAUUGGACUAAUGGACGGUUCAGGGAAGUGUGUUAUUUCGCAAGCACGACCAGGUACAUGCCAUGGUUGUCAUUGUCUGACAAGGUUCUGUGGCUGAGCAGAGGAAAUGUGAUAGAAGGAUACAAGCGAACGAAGAAAGGUUUAAAUGUUUCUCGUGCCCUGUUCUCUCUAAAAGGACACACUGAUGAUAUUUGCAGAUUUGUAAUACAUGAUGAAAUUAUCAUCAGUGGUAGCAGGGAUGCAGCAAUUUGUGGCUGGUCUUGUGCCACUGGAGAACUGUUAUUUGCUCAGACUUCAAGUCACACAUCUAAUAUAGAUGCUGUUGAUUGCAAUGGAGUUGUGUUAAUUACUGGCUCAAGAGACAGAACUGUAAAGGUGUGUGUGUGUACUCCCAAAUCAUUUCGCACUUUACGUGAGUGGGAGAAAUGCCAGAUUUCCAAAAAUUGGACUAAUGGACGGUUCAGGGAAGUGUGUUAUUUCGCAAGCACGACCAGGUACAUGCCAUGGUUGUCAUUGUCUGACAAGGUUCUGUGGCUGAGCAGAGGAAAUGUGAUAGAAGGAUACAAGCGAACGAAGAAAGGUUUAAAUGUUUCUCGUGCCCUGUUCUCUCUGAAAGGACACACUGAUGAUAUUUGCAGAUUUGUAAUACAUGAUGAAAUUAUCAUCAGUGGUAGCAGGGAUGCAGCAAUUUGUGGCUGGUCUUGUGCCACUGGAGAACUGUUAUUUGCUCAGACUUCAAGUCACACAUCUAAUAUAGAUGCUGUUGAUUGCAAUGGAGUUGUGUUAAUUACUGGCUCAAGAGACAGAACUGUAAAGCUGUGGACAGCAGCAGAUGAUUACGUGUGGGAAGAGCACGUGGAGAUUGACUUGAACGACAGAGUGUGGUCUAUCGCGGCCUGCACAGAUAGCCCUGCAUGUGCAGUGGGUACAGCUGGCCACAAUGAAGUGCCACCCCUGCACAUCAUCGACCUAGAAAGACCUGAAAUGACAGCAAGCUUAGAAGGGAAGUAUAAAGCUGGAGCAGGCAUACUAGAUUUGCAUUGGGAAUCACCACAUACCCUCUUAUCUGCAGGAUAUGAUACUCACGUCCGUUUGUGGGAUCUUCGUACAGGGAGUAAUGUUGCUUCAUGGAUGGACCCAUUUGAUGCAGCAGUUUAUUGUCUUGCUACAGACAAUUUGUAUACUAUACUAUGUGGUACUGCAUUACACGGAAGAGUGCAGUUGUGGGACAAACGACACAAGCAGAGCAAGCAGAUUUAUUACAUGUCUCUUCGUCAGAGCAGCCCAGUCUACAGCUUGUCAUUUGACCCAUGUCAGCUCUUCGCUGCUGUGGAUCGCUCUGUCCACUGUCUCGACUUCACUAGCAACAAGAACAAAAUGAUUAACUACAUGAAUGGAAACUUCUUCACUUGAAAGUUGCCACACAGAAUUAUUCUAACAGAGAUUUUGGUAGUUUAUUCUAUCCUAUUCAUUGUGAAAGGAAAAUGAUUAGUGAGAUAUGAAAAAAGAUUCAUAUACUCCUCGUUCUAUGUACAUUUUCCUGAUCCUAAAGUGUGCAGAUUGAUUUUCUGCAAUAUGCUUUGACAGCAUAUUCCCUUAGAUCUUGUAUCAAGAGAGAGUCAUAAUGUGGAACUGAAUAUUAGAACUGUAAAAGCUACAGCUGGAAUAAAGUCUGAGGUGCAACA